AUGUUUGCCGACGCGGUCUUUGAAGGAAUUGGUGUAGUAGACUUCUCUGCGAUGGAGGUGGAACUUGUUGUCGACGAAGAGGUUGUUGAAGACAUCCGUGAUUUAGAUGACGUCGAAUCAGAAGAAGUUGAAACCUUUCUUGGCGACGUCGUCGAGGAACUUGAGCUAGACAAUGUCGAUGUUCUCAGGGAAGUUGAUACACUUGUAGAAGCAGACGUCGUGGUGGUGGAAGCUGUUGAAACGGUAGUCGAUAUCAGAGGUGUUGCUGAGACCGAUAAUUUGAAUAGAGUACGAAAAUCAGAUGUUCAGGGGUCUAUGGAGCUGCAAAAAGCCAAUUUGGAUAAUGAACAUUUGUGA